GUGCUGGCUACUUGAAUACCCACAUCUCACCAGGGAUGCUGGUCUCCCCUGGUAACCUUAACAGAACCAUGGCAACAAGGUCCCCGACGCCUGUGAACCUUGGGCCUGACAACCGCAGAAGUGAAAUGCACACAGUCUCAACUGGCUCCAGGAACAUGGUUGCUUCACUGAGAACGAAUACAUCAGCUCUACAGCCCACCUCACCGAUGGUUACCAUGGCAACUCCCAAUCUACCUGGCCAUGGAUUAGGGAGUUACUCUUCUGCACUGACUGGUUACACACUUAACGACAACGCCUCUGUCUCUGCGUACAACUCACCAGGUGGUACCCAUCAGGAGCAGACUGCUAUUUGGCCACUGCGGCAGCACCAACAUCACCAGCCGCACCAGGCUGAUCUUCAGUCUUCAGCACACUCCCAUCUGGGGGUUAUUGGUAACUCUCACCUGAGCCAAAGCUCCAACCUGGCCUUGCCCACCUUUCAAGCAGUGAGCGUCAAAUCGGAACGCGCCUCCCCCCACAGCGAUGCCGGAGGUGGAGGGGGUGGGGGCAGUGCCAGUGGAAUGUUCCAGCACCACGAGGGACGCUUGGGGCUUAGUGGGCUGGAUAGCCCCUGUGAGGAGCCCAAGGAUUACGCCAAGGGUUACCAGUGCCCCAUUGUGUUGACCAGGCCUCCAGCCAGAGACGAGGACAGCCUCGGGGCCAAGCGAAUGCGCCUUGUGGACAGCUGGCAGAGAUGACUUCCUGUGGUUACGCCAUUUUAAUGAGAAACUGAUGGAGGCAGCUCCUGGAUCUCGCUUUUGUAUUUUGUUUUUUGCAGUUAUUCCUGCGCUCUUAAUCACAGGGGCCAGGAAUUAAUUCAUGUUGAAUCUGUUAACCCUUUGAGAACCACUUGUCACCUUGUUUGGGGGCGGGGGGGAAGAGGAACAGGAAAAGAGGCUUGUUCCUCCCCUCCCCCUCCCCUGCUUCUCUCUCCCCAGAAGCCAGGCUGGUUUGAGGCCUUCACUCAGGCUUCUGUCAUUGUGUGUCUACAGGUUGUUUUGUUUUAAAUUCCUUCUCCUGCUCUUCCUCUUUCAGUUCUGCAGAAACCCUGGGUAGAUGUGUGCUCUGCGCCUUCCUCCUGUUUGUGUGGUGAUUCCCAUUUGCCCCAUGAAAAGUCCUGAGCUCAGUUCCUGCCUGAAGGAGGACGGGAGACCCAGACAGGACAGGAUAGGGCAAGCACUGAGUGUGCGCAGUUAGCCUGGAUGCUGGGCGCCCUGCUAUGUGCAACCGAAGUGGUCACCCCUCACCUGUAUAAUGGCAGGCUGCUCGGCUCUAAGUGGCAUCACAGUCAUGCACACUCCUUUUUCCUUCUGUCAUGGGAUAUGGGUGUCACUGGCUGGCCAGCAUUUAUUGCCCAUCCCUAGUUGCCCUUGAGAAGGUGGUGGUGAGCUGCCUCCUUGAACCACUACAGCCCAUGUGCUGUAGGUUGACCCACAAUGCCUUUUUAGGGAGGGAAUUCCAGGAUUUUGACCCAGAGAGACUGAAAAAAUGUUAAUAUAUUUCCACAUCAGGAUGGUGAGUAGUUCAGAGUGAAACUUGAAUGUGGUAUUGUAUGUGCUGCCCUUAUCCUGUUGGAUGGUAAAAGGUAAUGGGGUUUGGAAGGUGCUGUUGGAGGAACUUUGGUCAAUGAAUUGUUUCUGCACUUUCACUGAUCUCUAUCCACAUACGUACAGUGGAUAGUGAACAAUAAUCUGGAGCAAGGACAUAGGCUCAAAGCUUCCAUUCUUUGCCCUGUAAAGUUGUGAGGUGGAAGGUAGUGUCCCAGCUAACAGUAUGUGGAUUAUUGCGUUCAGAAAUCAUGGCUGGAAAGGAUGCAUUUUUAUCACCAAACAAUGUAAGUCACCCACAGCCCAGCAAAGAUCAGGAAGUUAUUUUUGCCUGCCUCACAUUGGCUUGUUUUGUACCAAGGGAAAGCAUUAACCUGGGCAAGAUUGACGGUGCUAUGGUGUCUGGCUGUUUAGAGAGGAGUUGAGGGGAGACAAGGAAAUGCAAUUGAACGUAGAUGCCAUUGAAUGGAUGUUGUCCAUUCCUAACAAAUCAUUGUCAAUCCUUCACCCAGCAGACAUGUCUCCUAUUGACAAGGGAAGGUAGGGAUUAAUUGAACCAAGUUACUGGGUGGGAAUCCUAAUGGAUUUGGGGCUUUGUACCUGUUUUGAUAUUGUUCCUCACUGACUUCAACGGAGAGUCAAAUUGGGUAGGAUGUGAAAACACUGUUACAGUUGAUCCUGUCAGGCCAUGUGGAUUAAAAUGGCCUUUGGUUAGAUAUAAAUAUGGCGUGUUCUGUCAUUUGUUACAUAAUAAGGGGUUGGCUUGCUCAGUUGGCUAAACUGCUGGUUAGUGAUGCCAACAACAUCAGUUCAGUUCCUGCAGCAGCUGAGGUCACCACGAAGGACUCUCCUUCUUGACCUCUCCCCUCGCCUGAGGUGUGGUGACCCUCAGGUUGAACCACCACCCAUCAUCUCUCUCUAAUGAGAGAGCAAUCCUAUGGUCUAGUAGGACUAUAGCAACUCUAUUAAUCACAGAUUGGAAAUGGAUUUAUUAAUCACAGAUUGGAAAUGGACUUCUGUACGUGCCAGGUAUCUUAAAAUAGAACACAAUGACCCAGCUCCAUGUUUCCCAGCUUUUCCUGAGUUGCAGUGGGAAUGUAUCACAGGUUCUCCAUGCUCCUGAAUAUUUGGGUCUUGAAGGGUUAAAAUGCCCCUGGUUUCAAAUGGGAGACCGUUCCUUUGUUAAAUAUUGUUCUGUUUUAUAUUUUAAAAGUGAAGUUUUUUCGCAGUGCGAAUAGAUUUGUGUCACUUUUUUCUCUGUUGUGUGAGACCUAUUUAAAGGUGGGGAUUUGGGGUUAAAGGGAAAGUACGUGGCAAACCAUGCACUCUGUGCAUUCAGAGAGUGCAUGCCUGUGUUACUGUUUUGUCACCAGAAUGUAUUUGUACAAGUGACACAAUGCCUUUCUUUAACAUGUUUGUGCUCUGUAAACACAAGGCAGCUUAUCAGAUAUAGUUAAGAACAAUUCCCUUCAUCUCCCCUUUCUCUACUCUUACCUCCCUUGUCCCUCCACUCCCUUCUUUUCCACUCUCCUUCCUCCCCCUCAUCUCUCAUUUUACUUCCUUUCUCUCUCUGUCUCCUGUUCCUACCUUUUCCCUCUCUUCCCUUUUUCUCCCCCUAACUCCCCUCUGCUCCCUAAUAAUUAAGAGACAGUUCCUCAUCAAGAGCCAGUGCCAAUGGUAUAAGUGAGAAAGUAAUGACUCAGUGAAGCUUACCCUUAGAAAUUCUCAUCGGUUAACAUAAGCAUCAAACAUGUAUUUGUUAGAGGGAAAGUCAGUUUGUUACCAAUGACUUGGUACCUUUUAAUUGGUAAGGGUUUCAGUUAAUUUUUCCAGAAUAUAAGAAAACUUUAGUAGUCAGACCUUGAUUCCCUUUCCCAUGAUCCCAUACUACUGUAUCAAACCCAUCUUAAAGCUAUCUUCAGGACAGCAUUGAACAUAGAUGAAAGUCUUUUGAUCUCAGAAAAAUAGGAUGUUCGUAACUUCACUGAAUUGUCCAGCUCUGAAUUGGAGAUGACAUUGGUCAAGGGAAACCAUAUAUUGAAAUAAACUGAACAAAAAAUUGGCCAUUAUUGCUGAAAGUUACAGGGCUCUGAGAGACUUCAGUACUUAUCAUUUUAUUUAUAAUGGGAGUUACUUGAGAUAUGCUGCAAACUCUGAGCAUUGAAUUUCAAUCUUAUUUUUUAUAUUUGAAGCCUGUCUAAAAGAGCACACUUCUUUUAUUUAUCUGCAAUGUCCUUCAUCUGCAUUUGGUGUCAUCUCAGUCCCUUGAUGUUGUUCGUGCUGUCAUUCCCUGAUAAAAUUGAUCCAUUGGGAAGCUCUCCUAGAACCUUCCCCCAUCUUUGGACAAUGUGCAAGAGCAAGUUUAUGGCCAUAGUCAAUCUCUCUGUUUGAUUUCCAAACUCUCUGUUGCUCCCUCCAUCGUUGCUUUUCCAAUCAAUGAUCCUUAAACCUUCCUCUCUUUUUCCUCCUCAGCUCCAAAUCUCCUGCCAUACCCAGUCUUCCCCUUCUCUGAACCCUCACUGAUGAGACAAAGACUCAUCAUGAAGUCACAGAAUCAAAUCCUUCUUCAAAACAGUAAUGCCUUACAUAUCUCCCAGUUUUCCUCUCAUCUGUCCAUAGACUCGCAAGCUUGCAGUCAUCUAACCAUUGUUCUUGGUUUGCUUCAUCUUGACCUAUGUGCUACUCGUUAAUAAAUUGAACCAGGAAUUCAUGAGAAUCUUCUUUACCCCAGACAGUGGCAAGAAUGUGGAACUUGCUCUCACAAAUAGAGGUGAAUAGCAUUAGGUGAUCGCUUAAUUAAACAUGAGCGAGAAAGGAAUAGGAUGUGGGUUGGGUUAAAUGAAGAGAGGGUUCGUGCAGAUCAUCAACACCAGAAUGGACUGGUUGGUCCAAAUGGCCAGUUUCAGUACCAUGAAUGCUUCUGAAUCUUAUUGGUGCCCUACCAUUGAGAAUCUUCACCCUGGAUUCCCAAUUUUGAAAAUUAAACAUUGUGAAAACCAUAAAUCGAUUGUAAUGAAAGAAAUCCUCAGAUUUGGUUCCUGUAAUUGAGGGCUGACUUGCCUGAAGAGAGAAACUGUAGAUUCUUGAUCCUGAUGAUUAGUCCACAGGGGAAGAGUGCAAUAAGACACAGGUUGCAACACAGCAUUGGGUGCGAUGGAUCCUUGAUUGUGACAGAGAUUGAUUGUAAUAAAGCUUUGGUUGCAAGGGAAAGUGAAGCAGUUGGUGCAACAAGGCACUGAUGGAUUGUGAUGGGACAUGAGCCCAAUGCCAUUCCAAGGACACUGAUUGUGAAGGAGCUUCAGUAUGGUAGGAAGGGUUAUGUCCUACAGAAGUUGUUACAGGUGAUUUCCCAGUCAGUGGGAAGGAGCAACAGGCAUUUUCCCUGCAAUGAAGUAUACAUGUUGCCUGUGCCACUGAUUGGAACAUAUUGUUAGGCUAUGAGAGAUGUCAAAGUAAACAGGGGCUGGCUGGAGGUUUAGUCAGACAUAUACCUGGAGAUUUAAUCGUAUGGUCUUUCAACACCAAACAUCCCACCCAGUUCUGAGGAAGGGUCACUGGACCCGAAACGUUAACUCUGUUUUCUCCUCCACGGAUGCUGCCAGACCUGCUGAGCUUUUCCAGCAACUUUGUUUUUGUCCCACCCAGUUACGUAGUCUUGUUUUUCAACUCCAAUUUUUUAUUACUAAUGAACAAGCAUUUUUAAAAAUUGUGUGUUUUUAUAUUACUGUAUUUAUUUUAGUUCCUGCUGUAAUUAAGCUUCCAGGUUUUGCUCGCAGUAGUGUCCAGGAGAUUGUCCUCUUAUUCCUGGUGAUUCCAGGCCAAUCCUGGAGAGUUGGCAUCAGCUGAUACAUUAUGACACAUGCAACUCUGUAAUAGUUGAUGACCAUCAGCCUGCACCAGCCUUUAAUGGAUUGAAGGGUUAGGACACAUCCCAGCACAAUACAGAGCCAUCCCAGGGAGUGUUUGAUUGGUUUGGUUGAACGUGAGACAGGUCACUAUCCUCACAGCCAUGAGUUGUCUUUAAUUUCUAGAAUAAAGCCCAACUAAUUAGGUCUUGUUUUUAAAGCUACAAUGAGUAGCUGUCACUCCUACUGGUCUAAACUUGCCACCUUUUGGGGCGAAGUGGGUUGUCAUUAUGUGACAUCAUUUACAAGAUCCUUUCAGAUGUCACAAGCAUUGAUCCAUUUUAUCACAGACAGACAUCCAUUCUGCUCUCUCUCUCUCUCCCUCUCUUUCUCUCUUUGUUUUACAGUGCGCAGUGACUUGGUUUAGCCAACACUACCUAGUAACUCGAGCUUACAAGCUUGGUGGGGGAGCAGGGGGCACAGGGAGGGAGUAGUGCUACAGGUUGGUGGGGAGAGUGUCAGGCACAAGGAGAGAAUGUGUGACGGUUCUGGGGGACAGGAUGACGGACCGUGAAGAGAGGUUGUCUCCUCGGUGCUUAAUGUGUGAUGGGCUGUGGGAGAACAGAGCAAAAGAUGUUGCACUAAAAAUUGGGGACCAUGCAACAUUUGAAUGUACACAACAUGGGAGAGUGAGGUGUAUCUAUGCUGGAAAUGAGAGGAUCGGAGAAUCACGAAUGUAAUUCCGAGGUGAUGACCAGUGCUCAGAGAGGGUUAAUGGACUGGGGUCUUUUUUUUUCAGUUUACUAACAACCAUUAAUUUAAAAGGAAAGAAAUUGAUGCAGAGGAGUCUGUAUUACUCAUCCUUCACUCCGCCAAUAAUUUGAAUGAAGCAACGGUCUCUCAGGGGUUCUCUCCACACUCAGUGAAGUUGGUUAUUCUGCCUGUCCAAAGUUGUGUUCUUUGCUGAUGUGCCAUUUAAGAAUGUUCCAGAUCUUACUAGAAAUCUCUGCAUAAUUGGCUUUAGAGAUUUCAUUUGAAUAUUGCAGUGUCAUCUUUCUUUUCCAACCCUCGACCCGCACAAUGGGCUUGUACAUAAAGAUGGAGGUGAAAUUCUCCAGGGAAAAGUGCUGUUGUCUUUUAUUAAGUUAACUUAAAAACAAAUAAAAGUUCUUAUAAUUCUUCAACGUA